AUGGGGUCGGAGAUCUCCCCGUAUGCGGCGUCGCAGGUGUCUGGUGUGAGCCUAAAUAUGGCAGACGCUGACUUGAUUGCUGCUCCCUCUUUCUCUUUUGCUCGGCUUGCACGCGACCCCACCCAGCAGGCCACCCAGCAGGCCACCCAGCAGGCCACCCAGCAGGCCGGGACUGUGAGAGUUGAGUCGAGUGAUACCCUAGACGAGGGGACGACACGACAGUACGUGUGCUGUGAUCGGAAUGCGGCCAUCGGUCCGUGCGGGGGGAGUGCUGGACUGCGCCCGCAGCCAAAGCAUCAGCGGUGGGAACAGGGUUGUCUUGUUAUCGCGUGUUAUCAUCGCGAACAAGUGAAGGUCAAUCGAAUGAGCUGA